UUUAGGGAAGACUUCGGGCCUCAGUGUGAAGACCAGCCAGGGGAGGAUUUGACCUUGAGCCUGGGGUCAGGUGGGGGAUUGACUGGCCUGUGUCCAUUAGAGCCAGGGAUGCCCCAGAGGCAAGCAUGAAGACCCCGGCCGCAGAAAGGGCACGAGUGGAUGAGGCGGCGGCGGCAAGGAGACAACACUGCUGAGGUCCCGCUGGCCAUCCCUCCUCACUCCCCUCCCUGCCCCCACCUCCCCACAGGCCCAGCCAAUUCAGCCCCCCUCGCUCUGUGCCUCCAGCAAACUACAGAUCCCAGCAUCCUCCAGCGCCCAACACCUGCCCAGGCCUCCUCCACUUGGGCUGCAGGGGGAGGGAUGCAGAAGAGGAGGGCAGAGAGAUGAGGAUGGAAGCGGGUGGGGAAGUGCAGGCGGCGGAGCGGGACCGGGGCCCCCACGCGCCGCCCGCUGUGCCUGCAACCGGGCCGGGCCUCGGGGGAACCGCGGCCCGGGCCCCGGGCAGCUGGGGCAAGUGGGUCAGACUCAACGUGGGGGGCACGAUCUUCCUGACCACCCGGCAGACGCUGUGCCGCGAGCAGAAGUCCUUCCUGAGCCGUCUCUGCCAGGGGGAGGAGCUGCAGUCCGACCGGGAUGAAACAGGGGCAUAUCUCAUAGACCGGGAUCCCACCUACUUUGGCCCCAUCCUGAAUUUCCUUCGUCAUGGCAAGCUCGUUUUGGACAAAGAUAUGGCUGAAGAGGGGGUACUGGAGGAAGCUGAAUUCUAUAACAUCGGCCCCUUGAUUCGAAUCAUCAAAGACCGACUGGAGGAGAAGGACUACACAGUGACCCAGGUGCCUCCCAAGCAUGUGUACCGAGUACUGCAAUGUCAAGAGGAAGAACUCACUCAGAUGGUCUCCACUAUGUCUGAUGGCUGGAGGUUUGAGCAGCUGGUGAACAUUGGGUCCUCUUAUAACUAUGGGAAUGAGGACCAGGCAGAAUUUCUGUGUGUUGUCUCCAAGGAGCUGUACAAUUCCCCCAAUGGACUGAGUUCAGAGCCCAGCCGGAAAGCCAAGAGCACGGAGGAGGAGCUGGAGGAGGAAGAGCGGCAGGAGGAGGAGGAGGAGGAGGAGGAGGAGGAGGAGGAGGUGCAGGUGGAUGAGGUGCAGGUGGAACCCAAGGCAGAUUCGGACGAGAAAGUGCAGCUGUCUCGGGAUCCUGCUCAUUCUCUCCCCUCCUCGCCGUCUCAUCUUCCUCCGCUUCCUCCUCUUCCUCCUCCUGAAGGGUCCAUCUCAUCUUCACCCACUUCUGCCUCCUCCUGGAUCUCAUCUGCUCCCUGCUUCCUCCCUCUCACCUCUUGCCCCUGUUUCCUCUCUUCCUACUCCCCCCUCCUGAGGGGCGCUCAGGCCAUCCGUGCCCCUCCAGGGCACGCUUCCUCCGAUCUCGAUGUCCGGGGCAGCUCAGUGUGAUCCCAAAGCAUGGCUUUGGAGGCAAAAGACCUGAGUUCAAAUCCCAACUCUGAAAACCGUGAGGGAGUUGGGCAACAUGGCCUCGUGGUCCCUUCUCUCUCCAAAUCUAGAAUCCUAUGGACAAAGGUGUGUCUAUUUCCCUCCAGAGCCUCAGUUUCCUCACCGGUCCAGUCAGUGGGUUUCCGGUUCUGGAUUCUGUCCCUAGACUCAGACUCCUCCUGGCUGUUUCCACACUUUCUACAGAGACGUUGUGCCUCCUUGCCACUUUGCCCCCCAGGCCUCGUCCUCUCCCGGCUCUGCUCCGUGGGUGCCGAAAGGGCCCUGCCCUCCUCCCCAGCUCACCUCUCCUCCUUUCAGGCUCCUCUCUGCACCCUCCCAAGCCUGGGGCUGAACUCCAUUUAAGGGACUCCCGUCCUCUCCCUCUCCUGCAGAGCUCUCAAUUCCUGGUGUGUGGCUGGGGCAGUGAUGGGGGCAUGAGAGGAAGGGGACUAACCUUCUGUUCCUUUGAUUAGAGCUAAGCAUUUUGGGGGGGGGGGGACUUUUUUUUUCUCAUUUUCUUUUUUCUUGGUGCAUCUCCAUCAUGGUCUGGGGUUUGAAGCUCUCCGAUGAGAAUGAAGGUGGGGCUGGGUGGGUGCAGUGGAGGAAUAGGGAUAUGAACACACUUGCCUGAGGGAGGCAGGGCCCGAUGAGAGGGAGAGAGAAGAGAGAGAAUGGGGAGAAGAGAGACCCGACGAUCCAGGUGACCCCGGGUCCCUGGCCUUCCUCUCAGGAGCUUCCCAGAAGUACCAUCAUAACUUCUCCUUGCCCUUGCCAUUGGACCACCCUGCCUUGGGGGAGAAUGGGAUCCUUUAUCCACUCUCCUCCGACUAAGGCUGUUCUCAGCUGGCUGUCACUGAUCUAGGCUGCCUGGUUCUCCGGAUCCAGCUGCCUGAGGCCUUGGACAGAAUGAAGAUAAGGUCCCAAGACCCCGGCGGAAAAGGCAAUGAACUUGGUUUCGGGGGGCCUGGGUCCCUGAUCUUGGCCAGGCUACUGGCCAGCCGGGAGCUCCAUCAGCAGAAGAAGGGAAGGCAACGAGUGGACAAAAUGCUUCCUCCCAGCUCUGACCGGCUGGGCUUUCUCCCCACCCACUGACAAGGAAGGGAAGUUGUUUUCCUGAGCUCAGGCCCUUGAGCCUGCUCUGCAUAAUAAAAGAGGCUGGGGUUAGGGGGUGGGGGUGGGGAGGAGG